CACUCGUGGAUAGCUCUCAAGACUUCACUGUGACGAGAUUCCCGCUGCCACUUUCACCAACUUUACAAUUCCCUCGUGAAAAAGAGACCAACGAGAGAGAGAGCGUCAGAUUGUGCUUUGCGUGUUUGAAGCAUUAGAGAGAGAGAGAGAGAUAGAGAGAGAGAGAGAGAUGGAGACGAAGGUGGUGCUGAUAUGUGGUUUAGUGGGUUUUCUGGGGCUUCUCUCAGCUGCUACGGGUUUUGGUGCAGAAGCCACUCGGAUUAAGGGUUCGGAAGUGCAUGUCACAACUCCUACGCAAUGUGCCUAUCCCUGGACUCCAGCUCUGCCUCUUGGGUUAACUUCCGCUGUGGCUCUUAUGAUAGCUCAAGUAAUUAUCAACGUGGCAACCGGUUGCAUUUGCUGCAGAAAGAACCCAAACCCAUCAAAUUCUAACUGGACCAUGGCACUGGUCUUCUUCGUUGUUUCCUGGUUCACAUUUAUCAUAGCGUUUCUUCUGUUACUUACGGGUGCUGCACUCAAUGAUCAACAUGGUGAAGAUAGCAUAUAUUUUGGUAACUACUACUGCUAUGUUGUCAAACCAGGUGUCUUUGCCGGAGGUGCUGUCCUAUCACUUGCUAGUGUUUCCCUAGGGAUUUUGUACUAUCUCUCCCUAGUUCGGGCAAAGGAUGAUAAUGGGCGGCUAUGGGGUGCCUCUGCUCCUAAUCAAGGUGUUGGAGGCAUUGCUAUGGGACAACCCCAGAUUCCACCACAGAGCACUCAGGGACCUGUUUUCGUACACGAAGAUACAUACAUGCGACGGCAAUUCACUUGAUCCGCAAUUAUUAGCUUUGACUUGAUGGACACUUGGGGGUUUGCUCUAGAAUUUAGGCCAAUCUUCUCAAAAUUUUACUGAAGGCAGAUUUGUAUUUCCCAUCUACUUCCCAAUAGAACUUUAUAUUCUCUGCUGGGCAACGUUAUUCACUAGUUACUUACUGUAAAUAUUGGGGUGGUACUAUGUAUAAAUUUUGCUGGUUCUGUGUUUGGUGGCUAGCAAUCAAUUGUUGGGGAACAAAAAAAGAUUGAACAUGACGAGUAUGUCUGA